AUGAUGGAUAUUCCCCGGUCAUCAUCGCGUCCACGGCCCUCGUCACGGCCCACAACUCCGCUGAGACCGAGUUCUCGAUCUUCUGUCCGCGAAGCGCAUGGAUAUGGCCGCAGUAUUGGGAGCGCAGGCUAUAAUCAACCGGCAAUCAAUGCCCUCGAGCCGCAAUUUGCAGAGCUUGCCGACUCCAUGGCUGAUUUGGAGGCCAAUUUCAUGCACCUACAACUCAUGCAUGAAAGCUUGACGCGCUUUACCGAGAGCUUUGCCGGUUUCCUCUAUGGCAUGAACAUGAACGCAUUUUGUGUCGACUUUCCAGAGGCACCAAUUGCUGAGUCCUUCAGAAGGGCGAAACAGGCUGAGCCCCAGAAAGAGGCCGAAGAUGACUUGACGAAGCCCAAUGAAGCCGAUAUGACAUUCAUGACCACGGAUACAACCUUUGUUGAGAACCCUCCGAGUACGAUUUCCUCCAAGCCUACACCAAAGCCUUCACGCGCUCGUGGUAGCGGCAGGGGAUCCAGCACACGCGGUUCAACAGUCAGUCGCUAUGCAACAAGGGGAUCCAGUCGAGGUCGUCCAAGCGCUUUGCCACGAGGCAAGAGCACGCGAUGA